GAUCGGAAAUACUUACAAUACUCGACACCACUUGUCUCGAGAAAUUAAAAAGUUGUUAGAGUACGGAGUAAAUAUAGCACGAUAUAUUAGUUUUGGAAUUAUAUUUGAUACCAAGACAAAUCCGUUUUUGCUUGUUUGUUUUUUUAAUUAAAAAGUGACUGGAUAUGGAAUUUGCUGUUUUGACCACCCUUGAAUAUUUUACAACAGACAUCUUUUUCAGAUUAUAAGGAUAUAUCCUAUUUAAAAAGAUAAUGCUUGCAUCGGUGGUGUUUUGUGUUUUGGCGAUCAAAGAAGUGAAUGGACUGGGUAUUCCUGACUUCGAGAGUAGGUGGAUUCCGAUGAGGUCGGGGAACCCUGGACAAGCGCAGGCAACCGUCCCACAUGGGCUCGGGGAGACUCCCCUCCUCGUCGACGUCCAGGUCCAGUCCGUGCACGCGCCUAACAAGGAUUUCAUCUUCACGGGAAUAGGUGGACGUCCAAGGGACGAUGACAUAGCAGAGCCGUUUGGUGGCGUCAUCUUCUACUACAACGAUGUUGAGAUUAAAGCCAGUGCCCCCUUACCCUAUAACGGCAGGGAUGGAUUCGCUAUAUAUACAGAGAACGGCACAUAUUUCACGGGCCCAAACUCCCAUACAGAAGAUAAUGUGCGCGUGCGGUUCCGAGCGUGGCGAGCUGGUUCCCUGCCGACCCCGGAUUUCAACAAAACAUCCGUCCCGGUCAGGGCUCGAUCCAAUGACUCGAGCGAGUUGUAUGUUGAGACAGCCCACGGACUUCAUGGUCACCCGGCCCUGGUCCUGGUCAGAGCUAAGCUCACUGAUGGUCAGCUGCCCGGCUACAUGGCCGAUAGCGUCGGUGCGAGUUUCGUGACAUUUCCGGGCAUUAACCCUGACAACGAGUACUUCCUGCACGCAUUCAACGACCGCAAUAUCCGGGUCUGGGUCUCUGACACAGGAUACAUUGCGGGUGGUACGGACGGCUAUGAUAUUCCCUUCGCUGCCCUCUCAGGUAUGCUGGAGAUGUACGCGUGGGCCGCUUCGUCCCUCCGGCCAGCCGUCACCGUCACCAUCGACCUAGGACCGGACGUGGCAGACGAACAGCUGGAGAUUCCACUCACUUCCGUUAAGGCGGAUGCCUUAACCAGAGCGUGGGUGGAAGCCGUAGACGGCCCAAACGUCGGCUACCGGUUUCCCGGAAGUGGUGCGAUGGCGUACAGCGCAAGCGUGCGGGAUCCGGUUUGUACAUACGGAGGUCUCACGUACGCGUAUACGCACGAGGCGGUGCGCUUCUGGCGUCCAACUGACGUCAUCAAUGGCGGGCUGGUUUGCGUUGCCAGCGUGUUUGGCAACGGAACAAAUGCUCAACGUUCAGUGAACGGCACGGCGAUUGUGAAGGUCUGGACGUCAAUGACUACAGGUGGCUUCCAGUGGGCUGACCCAGAAGACAGGUGUAUCCACAUAGAACUAUGAUCCAUGGCCUACAUGCUACACCACCUGGCCUUUUAUAACUGUUUUAGAAGUUCUGACUUCGUAUUUUUUAAACGUUUAACAUUUAUCUAUAUCUGAUGUCCUCGUUGUCCUUCCUUUGUAUUAACGAUUCAGGCACGAUUAUGGAAGAUGUGAGCUCUUCUGUUCUUUGUUCUUUCCUUUUUCAAAAAUGAAGUCUACGAAUUGACAUGGACUUGAAAUAAUGUUGGCUAAAACUCAAUAUGUUGAUGUGUUUUUUCCCCUUUAAUCAAAUUAAAAAUCCGGGACGAGCGUCAACUGGCGUCAUGUGGUAAGUUAACAGUCGCUCACGUUAGGACAUGUAUGUAUGAAUGUUUUAUAUGGCAUAAUGUAUCCUUAGACGGAUUCUGAUUUAAUCGAUUAGAAAGCUUUCGAAAAAAACGACUGCCAAAAUUCCAUUUACUUUUAGUUGAUUGCACAGCUGCGCCAGGCCUCCCGACUUUACAGUUUACAAUAUCAAAAAUAAAUAAUAACUAUUACGUCCAAGCUAGUUAUAUGAAACUUAAGUAUGUGGUAAGAUGGC